CUUGAACAACUGUUGUUGAACAUUACUCGAGUGACACAAACAACCCAUUCAUCAUGGGCCCAGUACCAGCUACGCCAGCGCAGUCAAAGAGUAGAAAGGCUCCGGCAACAGCUUCAAAGACAGCUGGGACAGUCACCAGAACGACAAGGAAACGAGCAGGGACCAAGAACGAGGAUGAGAACGACGUAGAGGAUCCACGUCCAACCCUUCACACCAAACCUUCCAUCAGCCUAUUCGCCAAAGGUCUCAGAGAAGCCUCAGACAAGAUGCUACACCGAGACAAGGAAUCGAAACACAUUUUUGCUGGGAAUAGGAGCAGAGCGACGUCGUCUGGGUCAGACAACCAUUACUCGGAGAGUCUAAAGGCAUUCUUGAGGAUAAGACCACCUCCAGAAUCAUCAAGCACUCACUCACCUGUUAUGCCAUACUUGGAAGCCGAGAACGAGACUCAGGUCAUCAUGCGACCGCCGAUGGAUCCCUCUCGUCCUCAUGCCUCAAAAUCACCCAACAUCUAUUCGUUCGACAAAGUGUUCCCUCCGGCCUCUCUUCAAGACGAAUUCUUCUCCUACACCACCCUUCCACUGGUCAAAAAGCUUCUGCACGGCGAAAAUGGGCUCAUGUUUGCCUAUGGGGUGUCCAACAGCGGCAAGUCAUAUACUAUUGCCGGCACAGAAGGCACCGAAGGCAAAGACAGGGGUCUCCUGCCCCGCAGCAUCGACGUCAUAUUCAACUCUAUCGGAAGUAACCAAUCUUCUCUUCCUCUGCGCUGCGUCGGUGUCGCCGAUGUGGAGAUGGCAGCGGAGGAGCAUGCGUUCGCACGUGCUUUCGACCAACUACGAGGGGAGACAGAAGCCUGCACUCCACAAACAAUCACCAUCGACAAGAACUAUGGUUAUGCAGUCUUCGUCUCAUACGCCGAAGUCUAUAACGAGAAGAUUUUCGAUCUCUUGGACGCUGUCCUUCCCAAUUCAUCCUCCCAGCUCACGAGCACAAAGAGCUCCUCGAGUAACGCCAGAUCAUCCUCAGCUUGGGCACUCUCCUCCUCUCUCAGUCUAGCCGCCUUGGCCAACGGAGGUGGAGGCGUUCUCAAACGACGAGCUCUAGCUCUCAAGAACGACCCUGAUGGCAAUGGAAAGUACGUCGCUGGUCUGAACGAGGUCCGCGUGCGAACACGAGAUGAAGCUCUCUCCAUCUUCCGAGCUGGCCAACGAGCUCGACAGGUCUUUGGAACGUUGGCGAAUCGCGAAUCUAGUCGAAGUCAUGGCAUCUUCUCCAUCAAGAUUGUGCGCAUUCACAACGGCGCACCAAAGGAUAUUGAUGGAGUGCAAGUAUCCAAGCUGUCGAUUGUGGAUCUCGCGGGCUCGGAGCGGACAAGGAAUACAGGCACCACGGGAGAUCGAUUGAAAGAGGCAGGCAAUAUCAACAAAUCUUUGAUGGUUCUCGGCCAAUGUCUUGAGGUUCUUCGCUCAAAUCAGCAAAAGAUGUCUCUUGCGACAGGCUCGAAUCAGAAGAAGAAGCUGGCGGUGGUGCCUUUCCGUCACUCAAAGCUCACUGAAAUCUUUCAGAAUUCGUUUGUCGGAGAUGGCAGCGCGGUCAUGAUUGUCAACGUCAACCCAUACGAUACGGGCUAUGACGAGAAUGCUCACGUCAUGAGGUUCUCGGCGGUUGCGCAAGAGGUGCAAACGAUCCCCACCUCGAAAUCUCACCACGGCUUCUCUGGCGGGACUCUUCGACGGCAAAUCAGCACUCAGUUCAGUGCUCUCAAACAGGCCGUCAGUGGAGGCGGUCAAGGCAAGAUCAAGGUCAUGGUGCCCGUCGUGCCAAAGAUCAGUGCGCCAACUUCUGCAUCGAGCUCGAUGACUUCACUGCCUGAGCCUGAGAUUGAAAUGGUCGAGGAAGAGCUGGAGAUCGUGGAGGAGGAUGCAGAUGAAGCCUCUGAUGAAGAGGGGGAUAUCCUUGUGGAUUACCUCUUCGACCAGAUAAGGGAGCUCAAGACGAUGCUUUACGAAUCCGAGAUGCGAAACGCCUCGAUCGAGGCUGAGGUCAGAGAAGAGCUCUCGGAAGAGAUGCAGAAGACGAUCGACGCGGUGCAAAAGCAAUCCGAGCGGAGACUGCACGAGCAGGUGCUGGCCAGCGAGAGGAAGAUGGAUAUGAAAAUCGACAUCGUGUCGAGGUCAAUGUCGAAACCUGCUCAACCAAGAUACGUCAGGACUAAAGUGUCACCAUCAAAGGACACGACAUACCUUCGAGCCACGCCCGAGAUCGAUGCCGAUUCGAGCUUUGAAUCGCAAACCAUCAACACGACUUUUGAGUCGGCAGUGGAAGGAUCUCUGUUCACGGAUGAGGACGCGGAUGAAGAGGUAUUGGAGGGCGAUGGUGUGGACGACCCUUUUGUCGUCAGAAAAACUGGAAAGAGCGAAAUCGAAAGUGAAUCGGAUGACGAAGAGGAUAUCGAUGAAUCCGAGAGUGAAGAUCAUGCUGAAGCUGGUGAUGGUCAAGACGAUGAUGACGAAUUGACCGAGGAAGAGAGUGAGGGUGAGGACUCGGAUGGAGAAGCAGAGGAAGAGGAUGACGAAGAGGAAGAGGAAGACGUGUCCGAGUCCGAGGAAGAGACUGAAUCCGACUAUUCAGCUUUCGAGUCAAAUGUGAGCUCGAGUGUCUCACCUUCGCCUGUUCGCCGUUCGAGCAUCAAACCACGCCAUACUUCCACCACUACUCCUUCUCGACCUCGGAAUUCAAUGAAGACUCCAGCUCGCCUCAAGACACCUGUUCAUGUGCCCUCUCCCAAGUCGGUUCCAGAGUCCACAGCUUCGGGAACGAUGAAAAUCCAAAAGACGCCCUUGGGUGAAAAUCUGGAACAAGAUAAAGUGGCAGUAGCAUCGGAUGAUGAUGACGAAAUCGCGGAUGUGACUGCCACAGUGAAGAGGAAAAGGAGAACAUUGGGAAAGAAGGUCCUGUUGGAAGAUGACAUUCAGGUAGAUUCCCACAAAUUAGGCGGAGGAGCAGACAUAAGGAGGUUGGGGAGUCGGGCCGCCCUGUAUUAACCAGGAGAGUAGCUCAUCGUUCGCUGGGCAAUCCCAAUCGAUGUAUUGAUCGAACAUGUCGUCCUCGGUGAUGGGUUCCGCGACCGCAGGCUGCGCGAUCUGUGCGGGUCCAGGCUCUGA